UUAUUUGUAGAUUAAUCUUAUCUUUUUAAUAAUGGCUGGUGUAAUCAUGUGCCGACAUACAGUAUCCCCAGCCAAUAGGAACAAUGAUAAAAUAAACAAGUUAAGAGCUUGGUUAAAAGGUGCAUGUGUAUUAUUGUGUCUACUUGGUAUCACCUGGGUGUUUGGUAUGCUCUACAUUAAUAAAUCUACAGUAAUAAUGGCGUAUGUAUUCACUAUACUCAAUGCCGUGCAAGGUGUAUUCAUAUUCGUAUUUCAUUGUAUGAUGAAUGAAAAGGUAACAAAAGAGUACAAAAGAUGGAUUCGUCAAAGUAGAUUCUGCCCUGAUUGUAUACGUGACAUCUAUGCUACCAGUAUCUCAAAGGAACAAGUUUCAAGAUCAAGUACUUCUUCAAAGAAAUUACAUGGUAUUUAUGAUAGAGAUCCAAGAUCUUUCAGUACAGCAUCAACAGUUACUGACAAGAGAUUUUCUGUCUCAUCCACUGGUAAAAAUAACG